UUCAACAGCAGCAACAGUUAGUCAGACACCUCGGUAGCUUGAUAGAGGAAUUAGCCGAACCAAUAAAACUCUUUAGACGUUUUGUGGUAUAUUAGCCACUGUGUUGUAAACACAUUUCUGUCGUCUAACGUUAGUUACACCAUUUACUGUCACAUUUACGUUGUUAUUAGUCAGCUAGCUGGCUUGUUAAGCACUAGCCUAGCUAGCUAACAUCCCCGACCAUGAGCUCACUAAGCUACUCCACCCAUGAGGAGGUCUGCUGGACGGAGAAAGAAACGCUCGUGAAAGAGGAGGAGGAAGAGAAAGAUGUUACAAUACAAAAACAAGUAGAGGGUGAGGCUGUUACCGUGAAAGAAGAAGAGAAAGACGUUUCAGUGAAAGAAGAGGAAGCCUCGUUCAGAGUGAAAGAGGAGGAGGAUUUUACAGUAAAAGAAGAAGAGGAGGAAGAGAAAGAUGAGGAUGCAGUUUUUGGAGUGAAAGAGGAGGAGGAGAUGGCUGUCACACUGAAAAAGGAGGAGGAAGAAGAGGAGGAAACUGGAUAUCUGGGCCCGGUUUCCCAAAGCCAUCUUAAGGCAUCCAAUAGUUCUAAUGAUGAACUUAGUCAUAAGAUGCUUUUGGAAAACCGAGCCCUGAUUAACACUAGAGAGAGACGGGACUAUCGUGGAUCCUCUGGGGAGCCUCAACAACAUCAUGAAGCUGACGAGGCAGAGGAGAGUCUCUCCACAUUAGAACACCCCAAGAAACACCUGCGGAGAUGCACAGGAAAGAAAUCUUACCACUGCUCUGACUGUGGGAAGAGUUACUCAAGAUCUGAUUCACUACAACUUCACCAGAGAAUUCACACAGGAGACAAUUCUCACUGCUGCUCUGACUGUGGGAAGAGAUUCACCUCUUCAGCAGACCUUAAAAAACAUUUGAGAAUCCACACAGGAGAGAAACCUUAUAGCUGUGAUCAAUGUGGGAAGAGUUUUACUCGUACAAGUAAUCUGAAAACACACCAGAGAAUACACACCGCAGAGAAACCCUAUUGCUGUGAUCAAUGUGGAAAGAGUUUUUCUUCGUCUAGCCAUCUGACUACACACCAGAGAACACACACAGGAGAGAAACCUCAUCACUGCUCUGACUGUGGAAAGAGUUACUCAAGAUCAGAUUCACUGAAAGUGCACCAGAGAAUUCACACUGGGGAAAACCCUUAUAGCUGUUUUCAAUGUGGGAAGAGUUGUAAUAACACAAACAGCCUGAAAACACACCAGAGAAUUCACACUGGAGAAAAACCUUAUAACUGUGAUCAGUGUGGGAAGAGUUUUAAUGAUACAAGCAGCCUGAAAACACACCAGAGAAUUCACACUGGAGAGAAACCUUAUAGCUGCUCUGACUGUGGGAAGACCUUUUCAAAAUUAUAUACAUUACAAUCGCACCAGAGAAUUCACACUGGAGAGAAACCUUAUAGCUGCUCUGACUGUGGGAAGACCUUUUCAAAAUUAUAUACAUUACAAUCACACCAGAGAAUUCACACUGGAGAGAAACCUUACAGCUGUGAUCAAUGUGGAAAUAGUUUUGUUACAUCUAGCCAUCUGACUAUACACCAGAGAACACACACAGGAGAGAAACCUCAUAGCUGUAGUCAAUGUGGGAAGAGAUACUCUGAUAAAAGAGCUCUGAUUAAACACCAGAAAGUACAUACAUGAAGGAGUUGUUUCAUGAUAUCAAUGAAAUGAUGUCACAAUGUAGAAUAUUUUCACAUUGUAGUAGGAGUAUUUUAAUGAUGUCACAAUAUAGAAUGUUUUAACAUUGUAGUAGGAGAAUUCUAGUGAUGUCACAAUGUAGAAUGUUUUAACAUUGAAGUAGGAGUAUUUUAAUGAUGUCACAAUGUAGAACCUUAAACGUUUGUCCCCUGAUCUAUUGAUUUCAGCAUGAUAUGGAUAUUAGCCUCAUCAGGGGAAAAAUCCUGGUUUUGAAAGAGUCCUAUUUAUGAGAUUUAACAAAAAAUGACUAACAAAAGGAGUCGUUACACUUACCACACUUACCACGUUGGUGACCCACUUGAAUGAAAAUGCAACACUUCAAAAUGUAGCGAGCUGUUUUCUACAAAUUGUCCUCUAACCAGUGAUGUACACAUUAUUCCCAGAUUCUGUGUGGUGUUUGAGCUGUUAGUUUUAACAGGACGUGCAACCUCUUCUCUCCCCUCUCGUGCAAUUUAUUUCCAAAUGAUAUCGAUAUGAGUGAUGACGAUUAAGUGUUGCAUUUCUCUUCGUUCUGGGGACUCCUAAAUUUAAAUGCAUCACUCCAACAUGUAGCUGACUGUCUUCUGCAGGUUGUCCUCUAACCAGUGGAGGUAAAAUAUAUCUCCCAUUUCCAUUUUUAGUUGCGUUAGUUUCAACAGCAAGAAACAAUCUGAUUUCCCCCCUAAUCUAUAUCAGUGAUUCAUUGUUAAUUGACAAAACAAGUGUUUUUGGUGUUUGUGCAGUUAAUAAGGUGUUUAAAAAAAAAUACACAAGUCAUAUGUUUGUGUCGAUAAAACGUUAAAACUGUUUUGACAUUGGGGCUAUCCCACCUAGUGUCAUUGAAAAGAAGACUAUGCCCGACGUUCAAUCUACGUUCGGUUUUGGUUGAACGUUGAAAAAAGUCAUAUGUUUGUGUCGUUAAAACUGUUUUGACACUGGGGCUAUCCCACCUAGUGUCAUUGAAAAGAAGACUAUGCCCGACGUCCAAUCUACGUUCGGUUUCGGUUGAACGUUGAAAAAAACGUAUUUUUUCGAAUCGUUUCAACGAUUCCACUGAAUCAACCUAAUUUUAACGUUCUUGAGGUUUAUGGUUUCCUAGUAUUUACACACACAGUAUUUCUUUACAACAUUCAAUUGCUAGUUAUCUUUAUUAAUUAUUGCCAAAACAUAUUACCAAAGGGGUCUACAUUGGGUUUUGAUAUUUCAUAAUACAUAAAUGUAAUGUAACAUUUAGUAAUCAUAAUUAUUUAUGCAACUAACUUACAAUUUAUUUUUUGUAUAAUUAUAUUGUUUACUAACAAUGUCAUAAAUCAAGCUUAUAGUUUGUGCCAGGAGUCAUUACAUCCUAUUCUUACUUUUUAAUCAAUGGUCUUAGAAUGAUCAUUAGUCUUUCAGGUUUUUUUUGUUAUUCUUUGUUUGUUGUGUAGUAAAUAUUUCAGUUUUUAUUUUCAUUGCUUUAUAAUUUUCCUGUGAAGCCCAUUGUGUUGAAUCCAUGUCUGAAAUGUUCUGUAUAAAUAAAGCUGGAUUUGAUUUGAA